AUGAUCAACGACAAACCGCCCCCAUCAUCGAGAGGCACGUGCGAAGUCAAGGACCUUGUAUAUGUCGAGUGGCUCAAGGACGACCACGUUAGGGACAACCGUUCUCCGCAUUUUGAGAUAAGCCGCAGCAGACUAUCGCCGUCGUGUCCAUCGCAGUUCCCACGCUACCCCAAGAAACCCAAACCCAUAACGAGAAGGAAGAAGCAUCACAUCAUGCAUUUGCUCGCGGUAAAACAAGGAGGUGCCCUGAGUCACUCAAGCCCGGGCGUUAUUCGAUACGUCUGGACUCACAUCCAGACCUUCCAUGCGUCUCACUCGAGCAUGCUUCUGGGGAUGACUGCUGCCUAUAAGGUUAAGCCUUAG